GCGUUUCUUUUCCUGGCUGAAGUUGACUGAAGUGUCAACAGGACGACAGUGACAGACUUUACUAAAGUUUCUGCCCUGGUAGUCUCCCGGUCCAGACAUGGCCCCCAGCACGCAACUAAAGGAGGCAAUAGCCGAUGUGCACGAGGGGAUCCGUGCCAUCCUGCUUGGACCGCCCGGAGCCGGAAAGGGGACUCAGGCCCCUCGGCUAGCAGAGCAGUACUGUGUUUGCCACCUGGCCACCGGAGACAUGUUGAGGGCCAUGGUGGCUUCGGGCUCAGAGCUCGGCAAGAGGCUCAAGGAGACCAUGGAUUCUGGAAAACUGGUCAGUGAUGAGAUGGUCGUGGAGCUCAUCGAGAAGAACCUGGACACGUCGGCCUGCAGGAAGGGCUUCCUGUUGGACGGAUUCCCCCGCACAGUCAAACAAGCAGAAAUGCUGGACAACUUGUUGGAUAAAAGACACGAGAAGCUGGACUCUGUGAUCGAGUUCGCUGUUGCCGACUCUCUGUUGGUCCGCAGGAUCUGUGGCAGACUAAUUCAUCAGCCAAGUGGCCGCUCAUACCACGAGGAGUUCAACCCCCCCAAAGAGCCUAUGAAGGAUGACGUGACAGGUGAGCCGCUUAUCCGCCGCAGCGACGACAACGAGACGACGCUGCGCUCCCGUCUGGACGCCUACCACCGGCAGACCGUCCCUCUGGUGAAGUACUACAGUGCAAGGGGCCUGCACACAGCCAUUGAUGCUGCAAAGGACCCGAACGUCGUCUUCGCCUCCAUCGUAGCUGCCUUCUCCGCUGCCACGGAAACCCCCGCCCGUGCCACUGCCUGUAAAGACCAAGUGUUCUUCAUUUAAAAACCUUUUUCCUCCUUUCCGUAUCCCCUCCCAAGGGUUUUUUUUUAUCCCUCAAGGGUGAAGAUUUUACAAGAGUUGGUCGAGUGUCACAGUGGCAACAAAAUGUAACUUUGCGAGGUGUAAAUAUGGAAGAUGGGGACUAAAAUGGUAUCAACAGUUCAAGAAAUUCACAAUGUUUCACCAGUUGUAGAAAGAGAGGAUUUAAAGUUGUAUUGUUGUUUAGCCAUUAGUCGUUAUAAAAUCAAGUCUGAAAGAGAACAAGCCAAUGUAGAACCAAUAACCACAGGAUCAAAAACCACAAAACAGACUUGGCGCUUAGCACUAUGCUGCUGCUUCUGUCUUUCACCUCCUAUAGAAAUUAGAUUUAAGGUUUUGACAUUUAGCAGAGCAGAAUGCCAUGCACGUUUUUUGAUAUUUGUUGUCUACUGCUUGCCUCCGCUGGACAGGUUUGCUCUUGUUUAAUAGAUGACUUUGGCCUUUU